GGCUUCUUUAAAUGGGAGAGAAAAGAAAAAAAUAGAGAGAAUCUCAAAAGCUUAAGGCAAAUGUAGUAUAUUGAUAAUGGCGUGACACCUUUUUCUUCUCCACCCAAACAAACACAAACUCUUUUCUCUCAUCUUUCUUCUUCUCACUCUCAAUUUCUUGCAAUUCACUCCAACUUCCAACUUCCGUCAUCUUCUUCAUCUUCGUAUCUAGAUUCUAGAUUUCGUUUUCUGCACCCCCUCAAAAAAAGAAAGACAAUAAUGGGAACUUGCUUCUCCAGCUCCACUAAAUCCACGGCUGAGAUCUCACCUUUCGACCUCGUCGUCAAACCUCCUCCUUCCGCCGCCCCCGUCGUCUCAGCCCCGCGAAUCCCCACUCCUCUGGCCACCAAAACUGACUCAGCCACCGUCAGCUUCGCCGCUACUGUGAGGCUGUGCGGACCACCUAACAGUCUGGUGACUUCGUAUCUCCGAUUCGCUCUCCUUCACAAGAAAGUUCCGCUCCGUUUCGUUCCAUCGGAAGACCAAAAGCCGACGAUUCAAGUCGGAUCGGAGACUGUGUCAGGAUCUCAGGAUGUUCUCCUCCGUUACAUCGAGGACAAGUUCCCGGAGCCUCGUCUGAUGAUUUGGAAGUUCAAUCUGGAAGGCUUCGACGAAGCGACUCCUUUGAUAGUGAGAGCGGUUUGGCUUCAGCACAGGAGCAUGCUGUGGCAUAUCGAGAGGAUGUUGAGAUGGUCGGAGGAUCUGGCGGCGCGUGGAGGUAAAAGAGCUGUGGAUCCGUCGGUGGGAACACCCAAGAUGGAGAUUAGGAAAUUCGCAAAGAGCUAUACACAUUUACAAGAGCUUAUGGUUGAACAUGCUCAAAUGGAAGAGAGAAUCUUGUUCCCUGUUCUCGAAUCUGUUGAUCGAGGAAUGUGUAAAAGUGCAAAUGAAGAACAUGGGAGAGAGUUACCAAUGAUGAAUGGAAUCAAAGAAGAUAUCAAAUCGAUUGGAGUGUUGGACUCUGGCAUCUGUUCAGAAGCUCUCUCUAGUCUUGCUUCUCGUUUCAAAUCAUUGCAGAUGAUGUGUAAAGCACAUUUUGAAGAGGAAGAGAAAGAUUUGUUGCCAAUGGUGGAAGCUGCUGAAAUGGGGAAAGAGAAGCAGAAGAAAUUGAUGAAUCAAGGCUUGGAAGUUAUGAGAGAGACUCACUCUAACUCCUUUGAUUUCUUACUAGAGGGACUUACUCCUCAAGAAGCUAUGCAGUAUCUUGACUUGCUCAUGAAAUUUGGUGAUCCGAGUCUUAUCUCGUCUUUUCUUUCCUUUGACAUUGUUGACUGAUUUAUCUAUCUUUUUUUAGGCUCACGUUGUGAUACAAACUGUUGUUGUGUGUGGGGUUGUGAAUUUGUGUAUAUAGAGUCCGAUUUGGCGAUCAGGUGUUAUCGUUGCAAUGUUUUUCUCCUUGUAUUAGAUUACGUUUUUCUUUUAAACGGAAAAGGUUAUGUAUUAACUCAUAAGAGGGUAAGAGAUGAUUCAUUGAUGGCUAAACAAGUUUUCCUCCUAAGUUAAAAUUCAA